AGCCAACUGGGUGGUAGCUCAAGCAAGGGAACCUGCGCGCCAUGGCAGACCAUGACUACAACAAUGACAGCGCGGACAGCGCAGAGGAGGAGUCUUCAGAUUCUGAAGGCGAGCUGUGCAAGACGCCCAAAGUAGACACUACGCGACGCUGCUGCUUUGCUGCUGCAAAUCGAAGAAAAACAAUGGAUGCGGUCAUCGCUGAAAUGGAACAUGAACCACCUUCAGAGACAAAGCUGAGUUUGAUUGAUUUGCUCUGCAUUGGAGUGGGCUCCACGGUGGGCUCUGGUGUUUUCGUCCUCACAGGGGAUGUACUACCUGUUGCAGGUCCUUCAGCUAGUUUGAGUUGGAUUUUCGCUGGUGCGGCCUGUCUCCUGAGCGGCUUCGCAUACAUGGAGCUCUCAGCAAGACUUCCCACCAGAGGCUCCUGCUACACAUUUUCUUAUCACGGCCUUGGAGAGCUCUGGGCUGUCAUAGGUGCAUUCUGCAUCACUCUGGAGUAUGGAGUCUCAGGUGCAGGUGUGGCAAGGAAUUGGUCCAGGAAGAUGGGCAACUUUCUAGGUGAGGACUACAAACACGUGGUCUUCUUUUACUUCGGAAAGGGCACUUGGGCAGCGAAUGCCACUGCCGCGGAAUUGGAUGAUCCAUAUGCCAGGACUGACCACAAUUACAUGGACUUGUCUGCUGCUUUCCUGACUGCGGGUUGCACAUUGCUUUUGAUGGGCGGCUUAUCUCUGAGCAAAGCCGUGGUGAACCUCAUGACUUUGAUGAAAGUCCUCCUCGUGAUUUUCAUGGUGAUUUGUGGCUUCCUUGGUGCUUCGCAAAAUAUUUUCGAGUCUGGAGAGGUCUUCGCCCCUGGCGGUAUUUCUGGCGUCGUCAAUGCCACGACGCUGCUCUUCUUUGGCUUCAUUGGCUUCGAUGAGGUUUGCUGUUUGUCCUCCAAAGCCAAGAAUGCGUCCCGCACCAUGCCAUUGGCGCUCAUUGGCACGUUGGGCAUUGCAGCAGUGGUGUCUUUCACUGCGCAGUUGGCCAUCUCCUUGAUCUCUGAGCCGGGCAAAUCGAGCGACUUCGGCACCGCUUUUGCUGAUAAAGGUUGGACCGUGGUUUCAUGGAUCGUGUGCUUGGGAGAACUGAUUCUGCUGCCACUUGUGGUGCUUUUAAGCAUCUUGCCCCAGCCUGAAGUUUCAGCAACGAUGGCCACAGAUAGGCUUAUCCCAUCCAUAUUCCGCAAGCAGAGUAGUGAUGGAACUUUUGUUUGGGGAUUAGCAUUGACUGGAUUGAUUGCCCUUGUAGCCUUGGCAUUGGCUUGCCCUGUCAGCAUCUUGUGGAAUGUGAUCAGUUUGGGGGUUUUGCUGAGCUUCAAUCUCAGCAACGCUUCUUUGAUCAACAUCCGCUAUGGCAACGUUGGGGUAGUUUCUCAGCCAAGGGUUGCCAAGCUGGUGUUUGUCAUUUUCGUGUCCGCCAUGGUAGCUGGCUACAUCAACUGGAAGGGCAUUCUUUCCUUGGCGUUGCACGGGAAGAUGCCCUACCUGGCUAGCUUCAUCUUGGGAGCAGCCUUCACCCUCCUGACGGUGUACUUGACCAUUCAUUUGGCCUGCAGAUACAGCCAAAUACACGAAGAAAACCAGGAAGAGAUAUUCCAUGCGCCCUGUGUGCCCUUUAUCCCAGUCCUUGCCAUUUACAUCAAUUCCACUCUGAUGGCCGACAUUGAGUGGAAAGAUCACUUCGUCUUGUUCAUGAUGCUGGGAGGGUGGCUGCUGCUGUACCUCCUUUACCCGUGCCUCGCGCGGAAAAAGAGUUUGGAGGUUUAAUCAUGGAGAGCUUGGUGGGCAAGGCCUCCGCACACAAGUACCCCGACAGGCCCUGCAGGCUCAGCUUCAUGUGGCAGGUUAUAGAGUUGCAAAUUGUAAAGUUGUAAAGGCGUUUGUGUACUGAUGGAGCAGUGGAGCUGCCACGCUUGGAAACUCCAGGGGGGCACCACAGAGAAG